AUGCAAGCCCAACGAAACGCUGGCCGCAGCGUGCACCCGGCCGCGGCCGUCACGGACGCGCUGAUCGCCAACCAGGCGUACAUGACCGCGCUCGAGGAGACGCUGCGCGUGCUUGAGGCGCGCGAGCACGCGAUCCAGACGCGCAUCUGCGCAAUUCGAACAAAGGCCCGGAACAAGGUCAUCCAGCCGGCCAUGGCGGACGCACGCAUCCAGGCGGGACUCGCCGCCCACAGGCAGGCGGAAGCGACGGUCCAGUCGCUCGUGGCACGCUUCGAGACGAGCUUCAAACCGACGCCGCGCGCGGCGAAGCGCAAGCUGCCGUUCUUGGCCGCCGAGUACGUGGUGCAGAACGCUGCCGGCAAAGUCGUGCCCAAGCGGAUACCGCCGGUCACGUCUGCGUCGCGACACCUCGCGCCGUACCGCGAAGAGCUGCGCGACGUCAUUGGCGCAUCGCGCAUCCUCGAGCGACGAGCAAACCACAUUAAGCGCACCUUGCAGCGACUGCCGCCCGAGCCGUCGGCCAUGCAACCCGACGACUGGGUCGCGUUUGUCGCCGAGCACGAGCUCGCCAAGCGGCCAUUCCAUUACGCACUCGCAUGGAACUUGCAGGCGCGACGUGGGACGUGA